AUGUCACACCCACGGGUAGAAGAGGUGGAGGACAGCGACCUCGAGAACUCGGACCCCUCCGAGGGCGACAUUGAAGAGUUCAACGACAUGGACAUUAUGCGACGAGUCGAACCCAAGCCCUCCUCCACCUCGGCUGCCCAAGCAGCAGCCGCCGCCGCCUCGCGCAUCAACCCCGCCAACAUCCCGUCGGCGGCCAACGCCGCCCCGCGCGCCGGCGCAGGGUCGUCCGAGUUCCAGACGACCAACGACCCGAAGCAGUACGCCGACUUCCAGUGCCUGUACCCGAUCUACUUUGACGCGCGCCGUACCCGCACCGAGGGCCGCCGCGUGCCCCGCGAGCUGGCCGUCAUGAACCCCAUCGCCCGCGAGAUCGUCAACGCGUGCGCGGCGCUGCGCCUGCCGACGCUCUUCGAGCCGGCAAAGUUCCACCCCAAGGACUGGGCGAACCCGGGCCGCGUCAAGAUCAGGAUACGCUUCGGCGGGGAGGCCGGGCGCGGCAAGGACGGCGGCAAGGCGUCGCCCAACGCGAAGCCUCCCGGCAUGCCCGACAUCAAGAACAAGCACCACCUCUACAUCCUCGUCGCGAAGCACCUGAAGGAGAACCCCACGACGGAGAACAGCGCCGCGCUCAAGGCCCGCGUGCAGGGCGCCCCCGCGCCCGACCCGGGCAAGCCGUGGCCCAAGCCGGCCGUCCCCCGCGGCUGGAAGAUGGGCGACCUGUUGCCGUACUUCAGCCCCGCCAUGACGGGCGGCGGCGUCAGCGAGAACCUGUUCAAGGACAUGAUGAAGGAGAUGCAGGGCGGAGGAGACCCGAUGGCGGCAUUGAUGGGACAGGCCGCGGGUGGUGGCGGUGGCAUUGGUGCGGAGGAGAAGGCGUCGAAGAAGAAGAAGGGCAAAGGCAAAGCUUGA